AGUUGCCUCGCACCAUCAGUAACAAGAAGUCAAUCUUUCAAGACACUCUAGCUUCUCUCUGAAUUACUUCAAUAACAUUUUUACCUCACUCCAGCAUUGAAAGGCGACAUAGGCAUUGAACCUACCCAUAAGAAGUGAACUCUACUGUGAAGCGUUAUACAUUUCUACCAUUUUCACUCAGACUCGCAGUUACAAAGCAACGUCAGGAAUGGCUCCGAUCAACGAACACAGCUCUUAUUCUACUUACUCCACUUCGACCCAUGAAGCCAUUUUCCUGCAUGUGCAGACAUUCCCUGAGCGACGACAGGGAAUGGUUCUUGCCCAUCACUCGGAGGGGACACUUCUUCCAGGAUUCCUUCUUUGAGAACGCCAGAUCUCUCUUCGACGGGGCAGUGCGGGAUAUUCUAGGCAGGUGGGAGGACACCAGCAUGCUGACGGAUUCCUGGCACGAUAGCAGCAACAUUCUCAGCAACCUGAACAGAUACAGACAGUUGAGGUCCCACAACAUGAAAGAGGAAAAUCAGGCGGUCACAGUUUCCUCAGAUUCCAGCAGCUAUAAGAUAGUACUGGAUGUCCACGAAUUCUCAGAAGGCGAAAUCAAAGUGAAGGUUAUCGCAGAGAAAGAGGUUUAUGUGGAAGGUGUCACUGAAGGAAAGGAUGCAGGGGGUCACAGCGCCUCCAUGAAAAGGUUCAGUCGACGUUUCCCCUUGGCGGAAGACUCCGAUAUCGAUGGAAUUUCCUCAGUGAUGUCCUCCGAUGGUAUUCUCACCAUUACAGUUCCCAAAAAGGUCUCUUCAGUGUGCCAAGAGAGCGCAAAGAAGGUAGAGCACAAGUUAGAAUCAUCAAAUAGUAUUUCUAGAACUGCAAACACAUCCUCCAGUGCAACACAGGAGAGCUCUCAGUCUACAUCAGCCAGCAAAAGAGACACAGAAACCGAUGCGGGUGCGAAAUAUUGCGAGAACUGUUACAAGAAACUGCAGUUAGAAAAGAACCUCUGUGAAGGGACUGCUAAAGAAGCCUCGACCAAGAUUCCUGUUAGCAUUAAUUCAUCAGUGAAUAAUAAAACCAGUUCAUCAGUUUCAAUGGAGUCCCAGAAGGUCCUUGAAUCCAGUGCAGUCUCAGAGAAGAGAAUGUCAAGUUCUACAAACUCUCAGAUGAAUUCAUCAUCACUGAAACAGGAAAAUUCUGCCUUAUCUAACCAGUCAGAAAUGAAGACUGCUGCUGUCAACAAUAAUGAGAAAUGUGCUUCAGAGUCCAAAAACUUGAAAGAAACCCUCAAGGAGGUGGAUGGCACCUCUCGCCAUGUUCCCAUCUCUCUGAACUUCCGCCAUCUUCCAGUAACAAGGAGAGGGCUCUUCUUCAAUGACUCGGUUUUUGAAGACGCUCGGAAUGACUUUGAAAGUGCAGUGCGGGAGGUCCUGACUAAAUGGAAUGAACGGUCCUCGAUCAUGGAUGACUUGUCUAGCUACAGGAGCCUCCGAACUCGAGACCUGCGAGAAGAUAACCAAGCAAUCAAAGUUAGUGAAGAUGCAACAACUCACAAGUUUGUUUUGGAUGUUCAUGACUUCAUGAAUGGAGGAGAGGUCAACGUGAAAGCCGUCAGUGAGAGGGAAUUGGUGGUUGAAGGACGCAUAGAGAAGCAGGAGGGCGGUUCGAAAUCGGUCAAACGUUUCUACAAACGAUUUGUUGUCCCCAGAGACAUUGUCCUCGAAUCUGUAACAUCGAUGGUGUCAUCAGAUGGUGUCCUGACAAUCACAGCACCCAAGAAGGCACCUACCAUUCAGAUCCGGGACAUCACUUCUCCUGUCAGAUCGGAGAAAACAGAAGAGGCUUCUUUACAUUGUAAUCGAGACGUUGCUUCAGAGAACCAACUUUCUCAGGCAUCUUCUUCAAAGACUGUCCAAGAAUCAUCAUCAUCAUCACAGAAAAUUCACGAGGUCUCUUCGGCCUGUCAGAAUAACAGGGCAAAGGAACACAUCAUUCAAGUACACGUAGAAGGAAAAGCAAAUGGUGUUAACUCUGAAGACACUCCCAGGAGAGUUCAAGGUGGUUCUACGAGUUCUCAAGAGAACUUUGCAAGAAAAGACUCAUCAGCUUCCUCCAAGGAGAGCUCUGUCAUGAGUGAGAUAUCUGUCAGGGAUGAAAGCUCCACAGGUAGUUCCCUCCAUGAGACUGCAUCAUCAACUGGCACUGUCAGAAGCCAAGAAAAUGUAGAUGUAGCAAAUGCUCACCAGCAAGCAUCUUGCAGUGGUGGACAAAGCCUUGCUUCAGUAGGCCGUUUGCUGCCUAUUACAAGGAAAGGCAACUUUUUCAGUGAUACUUUCUUUGUGGACUCCCGCCAGGAUUUCCAGAAAGCUGUCAAGAAUGUGCUGCAGAGGUUUCACGAGAACAGUCAGUCUGAUGACCUCACUGCUUACAGGAGCCUCCGACACCGUAACCUCUCACAAGAAAACCAGGCUCUUAACAUCCAUGAGGAUGAACACAGCCAUAAGGUUGUUAUAGACGCCAAAGAUUUCGUUGAUGGAGACAUCAUGGUGUCUGUCAUUGGCGAAAGAGAACUGCUCAUUGAGGGUCGAAGCGAGAGCAAAGAGGGCUCCUCAUCCAGCUCUCACACUUUCUCUCAGCGGUUUUUGUUACCCGACUCGGUCGACAUCCACAGCAUCACCUCGGCCAUUUCAUCGGACGGCAUCCUCACUGUUGAGUCCGCAAAGAAAGGGUUGUCCGCCAACUCGAGCAAUGUGCAGAAGGUGUCGAAGGAGGCCACCUCGAGGAAUGAGAACCACAGCGACUCCGGUCGCAGCUGGGAGGAAAAGAACGAGAAGGAAUCACUAGAACAAUCGGAAGGGUACAGCUGCCGCUCCUACAGCAGUAGCUACCGCGGGCACCACGAACAUUCCACCUCUAAUGUGUUUGUACGAUGGACAUUGCUGAAGGCGUCGAAGGGACACGGAAUAUUGAUUGGGAAUUUGAUGACAAUGAGAACAAAGAACAAAAAGACCAAGACAAGGAUAAAGAAGAUGACGACGACGACGACGACAAUAGACGAGGAAAACGACCGAGAAAAGGAAAAUGAAGAUGACGACGAUGACAACAAAGACGAGGAAGAACCCCAGCAGAAGGUUAAUGAAGAAGACGACGAAGAAAAGGAUGAUCAGGAGCGCCCAGAUCAGGAAGACGACCAGGAAGACCAGGAGACGGAAAGUGAAGAGAAGGAAGGCGAACAAAAGGAAAAUGAAGAGGGCGAAGAUGAAGACCACGGAAAGGAAGAGGACAGAGACUUAAGUCAAGUGAUCGCCAAUACCCUUAUUACGGAAUCCACUGGAAGGACUAGUCAGGACAAUACAGAAUCAGAGACCUCGAACGCAGGGAGUGUCGACGUGAUCCCUCCGCAGGAGGUAGAGACACUUCCUCAGAAGGAGAAGAGGGAACUCAAAUUCAUCGAUGACGAUUUGUAUGAGUUCCAACUAUCCAUGAAAGAGAGACUGAUUCUCCGAAAAAUAGCGAACGAAGUCCGUGAAUUUACGAAAUUCUACAAUGUCCGCCUCGUCCUUCCCGACGGCGACGUCCAGGAGGCCGCUUCUUUAGUAGGCGCUGAAUAUCGCGUGGAAAUGGCCUUCCUGCACAUUCAGGAGAUCCUGGACGACCUGUGGUUUAAGCAACCGACGUUUGUUAUAGUGCAACGUCGAACUCUCCCCUUCAUCGAGGACGAGGAAUUGCCAGAAGAUGACGAUGAGGAUGAAAUUAUGGAGGUCGACAGUGAUUCAGAAUUCGAUGAGGAGGAGGACGACGACGACGACGACUGGGAUUUCGAGGAAACGAGGCACAAGAGAAGGCAGUGGAUAAUACGCCACAAGCAAAAGAGAGGAAAAGCACUUCUUGAGGAUAAAGAGGAAGAAACACCUCCUACUCAAGAAGUACGAAAUGAACAAGAUACUACAAAAGGAGACGCAGAAGAGAGUUUCCUUCCCCAGGAAGAAGGAGAGGAAAAUUAUUGUCCACAGGAAGAUGGAAAGGAAAAGGCUUGUCCACAAGAAGAGGAAGAGGAAUGUGUUCUUCCUCGAGAAGAAAAACAGGAAACUCCUCCCAGCGAGAUUGGUAGAAAAGAAGAACAUCAUGAAGAAACCAGACCAGUGAUUCAGCAAGAUGAAAGUGGACGUCAAGAAGCAGGAAGAAAGACGUUCGCUAACAUGGUCAAGAUGAAUCCUGAGAAGAACUCUGGAAAACAAGACGACCUACCCUGCCCUGCCCCUGCAAAUACAUGGGAAACAAACCAGACCUAUGCGAUGUGGGCCUCUCAAACUGCAAAAGAGGUCGCCAAUGCUUCACCUUCCAGUACGUUUCCUCCUGGGCCAGAAAGGAAUAGACAAGGGGAGAGCUUGCAGAAGUCAGGGGCCCUCUUCAGGGUCAAUUUCAUUCUGCCUCAAGAAGACGACGAGAGGGAAAUCGGCUUUUUAGGCGGAGACCUCGACAAGGUGAGAAAGGCCCACGCUCACCUGAAGUUUAUCCUUGAAGAGGUCAGCGUUGACAGCGCUGAAAUCACUGAACAAGGACUGACCAGAAUUGGCCCCGGCAAAUAUCGUUUCGACGUUGACGGGAAGCAGAAAGGACUUCUCGUAGGGCACCAAGGAGGAAAGCUCAAGAAACUGGAGAAGGAGAAUAAUGUCACAUCAUCGUCCACAACAAAGAAGACGAACUAUGUCACCAUACAUGGUCGACUAGUUGAUGUCGAGGACGCUUGCCUCGAAAUACGAAAAGCGAUGAAGAAACCGCUACCAAGAGGACAGGCAACAAGAGGCGAGCAAACACAAGAGGAAAUUGUUACGGGCUUGACCAAGGUGGGAGAUCGCCUUUACAGAGUGGUCCUCGACUAUCAGGAACGUGCCAUGGUCAUCGGCCGAGGAGGAGAAAACAUCAGGAGGAUGAUCGGUGCCCACAAGGUCCAGUUCCAGGGACCCCAGACGAAAGAGGAAGAAUUAUUCCAGGGAAGUGAAGUUUCCCAUAGUGCUGACCAAGAAGAAGAUUUCCCAAGAGAUGAAGAAGACGACGACGAAGAAGAAGAACCUGAUGUUCCUGAAGAGACUCCGAGUAGUCAAAGUGUUGCUGAAGACAGUAGUGACUACAGUAGCUGCAUUGAUAAGGCAACAACUACAACUCUUCCAUCUUUUGCAAAGAAAAAACCAACCUGCUGGAAACUGCUGGAAGAAUGUAAGCCCAAAUUUCUGGAUACUUUUUCUAAUCUUGGGGUAUCUUCUGCUGAAGACCUUGAGGUAGAUCUUGAUGAAUAUGUGGCAUCACUAUAUGACAGAAAGGGUAAAAAUGUCAAUGCUUGUUUCUGUUAUAUCUGCGGAUCUCUAACAGUAAACCAGUACAAAAGGACACUGACUACUCAUGUGAAACAUCUGCAUCACCUUUACUUUGGCUUCAAAGUUAGUGAUCAAGACAAGCGAUGGGUGCCUCAAAUAUGCUGUGUCAGAUAUUUCAUUGAAACCAUCGUAAUUUGGGCACUGAACAAUGCUACUGCUUGCUCGGAUGAGCCAGGAUCACAAGACGACUUUUAUGAGCAGUCUGAGCGUGAAAGAAGACCCCUUCUCAUACCAAAAUGUAAACUGAAUGACUUGGUUCGUGAUCUCUCUCUCACCAAACAGCAGAGUGAACUUCUAGCUUCUCGCCUGCAAGAAUGGAAUUUGUUGGAUGAAGAUUUUCAGCUAAUCUAUUCUCCAGACGAAAUGGCUCCCAUCGAAAAAUGCGGCUCCUUCGCCAUGCAGAACUCUGCUUUCAACUUGGUGCCUCACAUCUGUCAAUGCAGAGUCAGUUCGAAAGCCUGCGACGAAUUGUGGCUCCCAGUUUCUCGAAGGGGACAUUUUUUCCACGACUCAUUCUUCGAAAAUGCCCGCACAUAUUUCCACUCGGCCAUUCAGGAGAUGCUCACCAAGUGGAAGGAUGCAGACGAGUUAGCAGCAGACUGGCUGAAAGACAGCCACUCUUCUGACAGCAGUUUCAGCCUUUACAGACAGCUGAGAUCCCACAGUAACCUACAGGAAGACAACCAUGCGUUUACUGUAGUGUCCGACAACCGCACUCAUAAGGUUGUGAUGGAUGUCCAGGACUUCGUGGAAGGAGACAUCAAGGUGAAGGUGUUGGGAGAAAAGGAGGUGGUUGUUGAGGGUCAGGGGAAUGGCAGUCCUGGAGAAGGAUCCUUCUCCUCCAGGAGGUUCUGCAGGAGAUUCACUUUCCCAAGUUCUGUCAACAUGGCUGACGUCACCUCAGUGCUCUCCUCUGACGGAGUGCUGACGAUCGAGGCGCCAAAGUUGAAUGCAGAAGAAAAGGCUAAGUCAACCAGACAAAUCCCAGUGGAAAUUGAGGGAACGACAGCCACUGCCAGCUCUUCAUCAAAGGAGUCUGUCAUGGAGAAUAGUGCUCGCUCAGAUACAACGAAAGGAAAGAAUGACGUCGUUUAUUACUGCAGAGACUGCAACAAGAAGAUUGGCUCUUGGCACAAGGCUCCAGAGACGAAGUUGGCCCUGCAGGAAGGAGUGAAAGUGCCAAUAAAGAUCAACGCGUCUUCAGGGUCUGAGAAGAUUAUUCCCGUACAGCAGGAGGCGUCUCCAGAUAAUAAAAAUGAUACACAGACAAAAUACAUCAACAUAGAAAAAGAAUGGGAGGCAGAAAGCCGAGAAAAGAGUUCACAAGAACACAAGGAUACAACAGAGAAGGCAAACGUCUUGCAAGUCGAGAACAAAGCAAAUCAAAAGUCUGCCUCGAAUACAAACUGCUAUGACGUUCCCGUAAUGACUGGUUUCAGUAUUCUUCCCGUUUCUCGGAGAGGUCCUUUCUUCAGUGACUCCUAUUUCAGGAGUGUCCAGAAAGAUUUCCAGUCGGCAGUGCAAGACAUCCUCUCCAGGUGGGGAGCGGCAACUUCCAUGCUUAUGGAAGACAACUUGUCUGCAUACAGAAGACUUCGCCUCCAAAACUUCGCAGAGGAGACCCAGGCCGUUAAGACAACAGAAGACGAAACUAACCACAAGUUCGUACUAGACGUUCAGGACUUCAUGAAUGGUGGCGAGGUGACAGUGAAGGCCAUAAAUGACCGUGAGAUUGUGAUUGAAGGACAAAUAGAAAAGGAAGAAGGAGGAUUGAAGUCUAUGAAACGUUUCUUGAAACGUUUCAGUGUACCAGGAAAUCUCAAGCUUGAGUCUGUUUCUUCAGUUGUGUCUUCAGAUGGGGUACUCACAAUCACCGCCCCCAAGAAGCCUUCAUCUAUACAACUGAAAGAAGUUAUCGUCCCAGUGAGCAUUGAGGCAGCAGACGCCAAGGAUGUGGUAGUUAAGAAGACACAAGAAAACCAAAAUUCUUCCAAGACCUCUUUCUCAUCAACUGACAAUAACAGUGAAGGAAAUACUAUUUGUACCACCGGCCAGAAUGUGGGCAACCAAAUAAAAGUACAAAAAGAUUGCACUGAUAAGAAUUUCGAGAGCUCGAAGCUGCAAAGCCAAGCAAGCCAAGCUGGUAAAGAAUGUAUUAUUCCAGUUAAUGUGGAAGGCGUGUCUGCUCACACAAGACAGCAGAGCUUAGACAAACAAACAGGCCUGACAAGAAAAUUCCAAGAAGAGAAGCAAGAUCUAAAAGUUCAACAGCUGACAGUGAAAGACCAGGCUGCCGCAGAUCGUGUCAUUCCAAUCAAUAUACAAGGAUCUCCAGACAACACCAAGGCUCAUUCAGUCGCUCACCAGAAGGACUGCAUUAUUCCAAUUAGUGUGGAAGCAGCAUCUAGUCAUGUGAAGGCAGAGUCUUUCGGUGACAAAAUAAAGCAACAAAAUGAAAGCAAGGAAAGCAAUGCUUCUGCCAUCGGUCAAAAGGACAAAUGUCAUUUUCUCCACCAGAGGGCGAAAGCCGCCAGCAGUGAAAAGGCUCUCAUGAGUAAUCGACUUUCAGACAACCUUGCUUGUACUUCAGCAGCCACACAUUACCUCCCUAUCGCCAGAAAAGGACUUUUCCUUGAUGAUACUUUCUUCGGGGACUAUCAAAAGAGCUUCCAGGAAGCUGUGAAAGAUGUUCUUGUCAAAUCCAGGCACUUCUUGCCCAACGAAGACUGUAUGACAGCCUACAGAAGUCUGCGACAGAGUGACUGGAGUUAGAUCAAGGCUCUAUAUGCUCAAGAAGACAAUGACUCCUUUAAGGUAGCUGUAGAUGCUAAGGACUUCAUCAAUGGGGACCUCACAGUGCGAGUCGAAGGAGAAGAACUUGUGAUCGAAGGCAAAGCAGAAAACAGCGAAGCCAAGUCCGCGAACUCCUUGACUUUCUCUCAUCGCUUCCUCCUUCCCGAGUCCUUCAAUAUGAGCACCAUAACCUCGGCCAUCUCCUCCGACGGGAUCCUGACAGUGCAGUGCCCGAAGAGGGUGAACGCUGGUUCAGCAGACGGCGUCAGGAAGAUGUCGACCGAGGCCAGGUCGAAGCACGAAAGUCACACCGAAGGUGCUCACAAAUGGGAGGAGAAGAAGGUGAAGCAGUCCUCCGAGCAGGGAGACGGUUACUCCUCUCGUACCCUCUGCAGUAGCUACAAUUCCUGCCAGCAGCAGUCUUCACAAUUUUAUUUCCAAGCCCCAGACCAUGAGCUGGACUCCCAGGUAAGAGGUGGUUGCGGAGGUUCUGCACCACUUGUGUGUGCGGGUCAUGCUGUGGAUUCCGACCAGUGCCCAAGUCGGUCUCUACCUUGGGAGAGAGCUUCCAGGUUUCAGUUAAUCUAUUCUCCAGACGAAAUGGCUCCCAUCGAAAAAUGCAGCUCCUUCGCCAUGCAGAACUCUGCUUUCAACUUGGUGCCUCACAUCUGUCAAUGCAGAGUCAGUUCGAAAGCCUGCGACGAAUUGUGGCUCCCAGUUUCUCGAAGGGGACAUUUUUUCCACGACUCAUUCUUCGAAAAUGCCCGCACAUAUUUCCACUCGGCCAUUCAGGAGAUGCUCACCAAGUGGAAGGAUGCAGACGAGUUAGCAGCAGACUGGCUGAAAGACAGCCACUCUUCUGACAGCAGUUUCAGCCUUUACAGACAGCUGAGAUCCCACAGUAACCUACAGGAAGACAACCAUGCGUUUACUGUAGUGUCCGACAACCGCACUCAUAAGGUUGUGAUGGAUGUCCAGGACUUCGUGGAAGGAGACAUCAAGGUUAAGGUUCUCUUGGGAGAAAAGGAGGUGGUUGUUGAGGGUCAGGGGAAUGGCAGUCCUGGAGAAGGAUCCUUCCCCUCCAGGAGGUUCUGCAGGAGAUUCACUUUCCCAAGUUCUUUCAACAUGGCUGACGUAACCUCAGUGCUCUCCUCUGACGGAGUGCUGACGAUCGAGGCGCCAAAGUUGAAUGCAGAAGAAAAGGCUAGGUCAACCAAACAAAUCCCAGUGGAAAUUGAGGGAACGACAGCCACUGCCAGCUCUUCAUCAAAGGAGUCUGUCAUGGAGAAUAGUGCUCGCUCAGAUACAACGAAAAGAAAGAAGGACGUCGUUUAUUACUGCAGAGACUGCAACAAGAAGAUUGGCUCUUGGCACAAGGCUCCAGAGACGAAGUUGGCCCUGCAGGAAGGAGUGAAAGUGCCAAUAAAGAUCAACGCGUCUUCAGGGUCUGAGAAGAUUAUUCCCGUACAGCAGGAGGCGUCUCCAGAUAAUAAAAUUGAUACACAGACAAAAUACAUCAACAUAGAAAAAGAAUGGGAGGCAGAAAGCCGAGCCAAGAUCUCAAAAGAACACAAGGAUACAACAGAGAAGGCAAACGUCUUGCAAGUCGAGAGCAAAGCAAAUCAAAAGUCUACCUCGAAUACAAACUGCUAUGACGUUCCCGUAAUGACUGGUUUCAGUAUUCUUCCCGUUUCUCGGAGAGGCUCCUUUCUUCAAUCGACGUUAAACGUUAAAAUGGCCCCCAUUCAGACUUACAGCUCUUUCGCCAACCAGAGCUCAACCUUGAACAUGGCGCCCCGCGUCUGUCACUGUGGGGGAUUUUUGAAAGAUGGCGGAGAGUAUUGGCUCCCCAUUUCUCGCAGAGGACAUUUCUUCCACGAUUCGUUUUUCGAAAAUGUCCACAGUUACUUCGACUCGGCCAUCAGAGAAAUUCUAAACAAAUGGAGCGACGCGGAAGUGCUUGGCGAAGCGUCUCAGUGCAGCGACCGAUCGCCCAGCACCUUCGGCCUCUACAGGCAACUCCGAUCUCGCGAUCACCGAGAAGAUCAGGCAUCCACGAUUGUUUCCGACGACAGAACUCAUAAGGUUGUGGUGGAUGUCCAGGACUUCAUGGAAGGAGACAUCAAGGUGAAGGUCUUGGGAGAAAAGGAGGUGGUUGUUGAGGGUCAGGGGAAUGGCAGUCCUGGAGAAGGAUCCUUCUCCUCCAGGAGGUUCUGCAGGAGAUUCACUUUCCCAAGUUCUGUCAACAUGGCUGACGUCACCUCAGUGCUCUCCUCUGACGGAGUGCUGACGAUCGAGGCCCCAAAAAUGGAAGCUGUUAGUCGCCGGGAGGUGUCUGAAGAAUCCUCAGCCAGCAGCAGUGAAAGCGUUCCAUCAAGAAGUUCCUCUGUCUCUGAAACAAGUGACAUAGUCUAUUAUUGCAAAGGCUGCAACAAGAAAAUAGGAGGGUCAUGGCAGACAGCACCAGAGACUAAGACAGCCCAGCAAGGUGGAGUAAAGGUCCCAAUAAAGAUAAAUGCUUCCAUGUCUUCUGCACUGAACAGCCAAACAGAUCAGAUCAGCACAGAGAAAAAGGAACAAAUAAAAUCAGUGAAAAAGGAGACAAUGGCAAAGAAUACUUCAUUACAGGGAGCAGAAACAACUGAUGGGGAGACGAACGUAAAACUGCAUUCGCAGGUUAAGGCUAAUCAUUAUGAAGUUCCGGUAACAACAGCCCACAGUUUCCUCCCCGUUUCCAUAAGGGGGCCAUUCUUCGGUGACUCGUUCUUCAGCGAUUUGCACAAAGACUUCCAGUCUGCUGUUCAAGAAGUCCUAUCCAGAUGGGGAGCAAGAACUUCCAUGCGCAUGGAGGAUGACCUGUCUGCUUACAGGAGGUUGAGACUUGGCAACCUAAAAGAGGAGACUCAAGCAGUUCAGACAAGAGAAGAUGAAUCGAGCUAUAAGUUUGUACUAGAUGUUCAAGACUUCGUAAAUGGAGGUGACAUAACAUUGAAGGUCAUCAAUGACAGUGGGAUUGUAGUUGAAGGUCACAUAGAAAAGGAAGAAGGAGGAUCUAAGUCCCUGAAACAUUUUAUGAAACAGUUUAGAGUACCAGGAAACAUCAGACUGGAUUCAGUUUCUUCAGUUAUGUCUUCAGAUGGAGUACUUACAAUAACUGUGCCAAAGUCUGUGCCUGUUCAGCCCAAAGAGGUGAUCAUACCAGUCAACUUAGAAGGAAUUGAGAGAAGCCAGACAUGCCAUGUUUCUUCAACGUUAUUAGAUGAUCAUGAUUUAGUGUUUGGUAUCAAUGCAGAUCGUAUCUCUGGCACCAACCACAGCGAAAUGCAAAGCAAAGUUAGACCUUCAAAUGAGCACAUCAUUCCAAUCACUGUUGAAGGAUGUUUCAGUAACCCAGAAACAAGUCGUCCUAACCGUGAAAUACAAGUACAGAAGGAGUCCAGUGAGAGUCUUUCUGGUCUCACUAACCAAGAACAGCAGAAGGACAAAGUGGGCAAAGAAUAUAUUAUACCCGUUAAUGUAGAAGGAUCUGCUUGUAAUUUAAAAUCUGAAGCAACUGAAAGCAAAAUAAAGGUAUUUGUACAAAAUCCAAGAAGCCAGCAUAGAAGUAAUGACGAACAAGCACAGAAAAAUCAAAUAACUGAAGAUCGUAUCAUUCCAAUCAUUGUGGAAGGAACUGCUGACACUGCAAAGGCAGAAGUCUUUAAGCAUCAACAAAUACACGAACAUCAAAUCACCGGAGAAAGAAUCAUCCCAGUUACUGUGGAAGGAUCUUCUAGUGAUGUAAAAGCAAACACACUUGACCAUCAAAUCAAAGUACAAAAAGGAACUUUUGCACACAAAAAUGCCAAUCAGCACAGUGAGCAAGCUCAAGAAACAACAGAGGACCAAAAGAACAGAACAAAUGAAUCUUCAUUUAUGAAACACAUGAAGGAAAAUGCCGAUACUGUUUUCAAACGCAGUGACAUGAGUCAUUUUGCUCACCCAAGUACACAAGUCAAUAGCGAUGCAGAGAAGAAUAUUGUUUCAAAUCAACACUCCAACGACACUGCUACUUCCUCUACAAAGAGAUAUCUUCCAGUAAGCAGGAAAGGGUCCUUCCUUGAAGAUAUGUUCUUUAAGGAUUUCCAGAAUGACUUCCAGGCAGCUGUCAAGGAUGUGUUGGUCAAAUGCAGGCAAUGUUUUGACAUGACAGAUUACAUGACUGCUUAUAGAAACCUUCGCCAAAAAGAACUUAAAGUAGAAAAUCAGGCUCUCUACGCUCAAGAAGAUCAAGAAUCCUUAAAGAUUGCUGUUGAUGCCAAGGACUUCAUCAACGGUGACAUUACUGUGUUUGUCGAUGGAGAAGAGCUCGUGAUUGAAGGCAAGGCUGAGAAUAGUGAAGCAAGGUCCUCAAACUCCUUGACCUUCUCACACCGUUUCCUUUUGCCCGAAUCCUUCAGCAUCACCACCAUCUCUUCAGCCAUAUCCUCUGAUGGAAUUCUUACCGUGCAGUGCCCAAAGAAGAAAGACGCUAGUUCAGAGGGCAUCAGGAGGAUGUCCACAGAGGCUUCCUCACACCAGGAGAGCCACCACGAGGGUGGUCACAAAUGGGAAGAGAAGAGAGUGAAAGAAUCCUCAGAGCAAGCUAGUGGCUACUCAUCACGUACCUACAGUAGCAGUUACAGUUCCCGUCAGCGACAGACCUCUACGUUCUAAGACUGCAGCUGUUAGCAAAUUAUAUUUUUCUAAGAGAAAAUGAAAAAUUAUAAAAAUAAAAAACUACUGUGGAUUGUCAGUGAAUUCAUCUUGGGCAUCUAAGGAAUCUAACUGUUUGACACUGAAAUACAGAUCGUGUCAGCCAACAAUCAAGACAGAUGCCAACGCACUGACAAACUUUGCUCUCACAUUCCCUCUCAGUCCGAGCAUUUCAAAAUCAAACCAUACUUCUUUCCUGAUCAGAAAAUCCGUUUCCACAUAGAAUUGUUCCUUAAUUUCCUGUUGUCUCUUUCCUAGAUUUCCAUAACUUCCAAUUACCCCUCAAAUUUACACCUGGAAAAGUCUAUAUUUUUUAUCGAAAUAAAGAGAUAUUUUCA